UUUACUAGCGCAAGACUACUCUCAUGCACAACAACAGGCGAACACCAGCUGUCAACGGGGCAAGACGGCGACGUCACAGCUGGAAAACGUGCUUUUCAAUAGAGGGGGAGAAGUUGGACUGUACCACCCCCUCCCGCGUACACGUGCACACAUUACACUUUUUUUCAGUUAUUGUAGCAUAUAAUAUUGGUACUUCUCGUUUAGAAAUAGUGCUAACACACGUUAGAAUACCCUACGCAAAGAGACUACUAUGCUUCUCCUAUCGGCUGUUGUGCUCCACUCCUCAGGCUUGGUGCUAUGACUCCGCCCUCAAGCGACCCUCCCUCUCUCCAUCCCUGCUUGUCUCCCUCCCUCUUUCGCUUGCUUUAUCCCUUGUCUCGUUGUUAUUGAAAAAGAGAUCAGUAACAACAGGCGAAGAAAAGAACCGGGUAUUUAAACUUCGAGCACUCCCGGGAGGGAGGGGUUCGAUGCUGCUGGCAAGGUGGAAUACAUAAACGGGUUACAGCAGUCAAAUUGUAAGAGCUAUCUCAAAUCCAAGUUGGGAUUAAGGGAUAUAAACCAAUGUUGUGUGCAAUACCUUUCACCACAAAUUUACUAAACAUAAGCACAACUUAAAAAAGACAAAGGAUUGCAGAAAUAAAGCAGCCUCGCUCAUUCAUGCAGCUGUGACAAUGGUGUCCUGGUUCCGAAAAAUGAAACAGCCAUAGUAUCAUUUCCAGAUGUUGACAUAUCUGCAAAGCACCCAAAAAUGCCAUUGGUGAAAAGAAACAUAGAGCCGAGGCACUUGUGCCAUACAGUGCUACCCCGGAAUAUCAAGAAUGAGCUGGAAUGUGUGACAAACAUUUCACUUUCGAAUAUUAUCCGGCAGCUGAGCAGCUUAAGUAAAUAUGCGGAAGAUGUAUUUGGUGAGCUUUUUAAUGAAGCACAUACUUUUUCCUUCCGGGUAAAUUCCUUGCAGGAACGUGUGGAUCGUCUCUCAGUUAGCAUUACACAGCUUGAUCCAAAGGAGGAAGAACUUUCUCUACAAGAUAUUACAAUGAGAAAAGCCUUUAGAAGUUCCACAGUUCAAGACCAGCAGUUAUUUGACCGCAGAACACUACCUAUUCCUUUACAUGAGACGUACGGCAUUUGUGAACAACCGCCACCACUUGAUAUACUCACACCUUACAGGGAUGAUGGCAAAGAAGGUCUUAAGUUCUACACGAACCCUUCUUAUUUUUUUGACCUCUGGAGAGAAAAGAUGCUGCAAGACACUGAGGACAAACGGAAGGAGAAAAGAAAACAGAAGCAGAAAAAUAUAGACCGUCCCCAUGAUGCAGAGAAAAUACCACGAGCUCCACAUGAUAGACGGAAGGAAUGGCAGAAGCUGGCUCAAGGCUUAGAACUUGCAGAAGAUGAAGUACGCAACCAACAGAAUAUGAUCGAAGUAGUUAAUGGACCAAAUUCACACUUUGAAUCAAGGACUCAUGCUUAUGUGGACCACAUAGAUGGACCCUUCUCGCUUGCUGCGCUUCCCUAUAGUCAGAUGAAUGAACUUCUGAGUAGAAGUGGUGAUCGAAUUUAUGUCAGCAGACCUCAGGAACCACCCCCACCUCCACCAAUGCAUGGAGCAGGAGAUGGAAAACCUAUACCUGCAGGAAUUAGCUCCAGCUCAGGCUUGACAGAUAGCAGGCCUCAGUCACCAGCAAUGAGUAGAAUGCCUCAGUUUAUAAGUCCAAAUGCACCUCCUCCUCCACCCCCUCUACCUCCCCCUCCCCCUCCACUUCCAUCUAAUUUGUCAACCUCUUCAAUGAGAACUCAGGCAGGGAUAACCACAACCCCGCCAGCAGCACCUCCGCCUCCACCUCUGGUUCAAGCUGUGCCACCCCCACCAGCACCUCUGCAGAUUGCCCCUGGUGUUCUUCACCCAGCGCCUCCCCCUAUUGCACCCCCUCUUGUGCAGCCAUCUCCCCCAGCUUCUAGAAUUCAAACCUCUGACAAAUUACCUGUUCAUUUAGGGCAGCCACCUGAAGGCAAAGGCCUUCCUCCUCCUCCCCCACCCCCUCCUCCACCUCUGCCUCCUCCCAACAUACAUCCUUCCUCACCAGUUCCUGUCCACCCUCCUCCUAGUCUUCCCUCAGUCCUUCACCCUGGUCCUCAUGCCCCUGUGAUACCGUCUUCCCCUCCUCAACCAGUCAUUACAGCUGAACCUAAACGUCAGCCAUCUUCUCUGCCAGUGAUAAGUGAUGCCAGAAGUGUUCUUUUGGAGGCAAUACGUAAAGGCAUUCAGCUACGCAGAGUAGAGGAACAGCGUGAACAAGAAGCAAAGCAUGAGCGUGUUGGGAAUGAUGUUGCCACCAUUUUGUCUCGACGGAUUGCAGUGGAAUAUAGUGACUCUGAGGAUGAUUCUGAGUUUGAUGAAGUGGAGUGGUUGGAGUAAAAACUACUGAACUGAAUUUUUGCUACAGAAUUUAUUUUGAUGUCUCUUGUGCUUUUCAUCUGGGAUGUUUGUCGUUUCUAGUUUCCUGCAUUUUUCUACACCUCGUAAUAAACCAUUUUUACUGUUAUUUCAGUUUAUAAGGAAAGUGCUAACAAGUCUUACAAACUGAAAGUUUUACACUGACCUUUACAUUUCACAUUUUUGUGAAAGGACUUAACAUUUUAUUAAAACAACCACUAAGUAUUAAGCAUGGGCAGUGGUUCAGUAGUAUAGCAGUUUGAACUUUCUGACUUAUUUUUUUUAUUUGUGCACUUUGUGAAUUUUAAGACUAAGAAGGUACGUGUAUUUAAGAACUUAAAGGGCAGCUUGGUGUUCAGUAGUAUAAACCUUUUUAUCUACCUAGCUAUUACUGGACAGAACACUAAAACUUACUGUAUAAAACACACUGCCUGUUAUGAAGGAGUGCACUAAAAUGCACUUAUAUUUGAUCAUUCUGCCUUUCCUGAAAGAGGAUGUUAGCAAUGUUUUGGAGUACAGUUAGCAUUUUUUUUAUUUUUUUUAUAUUUGUAUUGUGCUGUACUACUUUGCUUGCACACUACAGUUUAAAUGUUUCCUUGUGAAUUCUUUUAAUGUAAAAAUGAUGUGUAACUUAUGUUAACUGUUUAAAAUAACAGUUUGAUUUAAUAAAUGCUUCAUUUAAAAGUAA